UAAACAGACGUCAGUGGUCUGCGGCUGUAGCUAAUGAGUUUGCUAACUAGCUUUUGUUCGAGGUAAGCAGAACGCGGAAUGUAAACAUUUAGUGUGCGUCACUACAAGGAAGCUCACUAAUAAAACCCCAGCGACACGAGACACUUACUUGAUUUAAGUAACAAAAGGACUACACAGAUCGACCACACCUGCUCCUCCAUCAGAGUUCCUGUCAUUCUCCUCUCCCUCCACUUCCCGGACAGAUUUUCUUCGCUUUUCUCAACAUGGCAGCUGUGUUUCUACUCUGGCUGUGUUACUGAGCUCCAUCUUGGACUAACACCAUGGAGAGAAAACGCAGAAAGAAAUGAUUUUAGCUGCUCAGAACAUUUUCAGUAUGGACUCACUUUUGGAGCUCUGGACCUGAUAUGAUGUUCCAUUCCCCUGACCCUGAACCAGGAUUUAGCUAUUCAGUUGUUAUCUGAAACAGCAUCCUUGCUGCCUGAGCUUGACUGGCCUAUACAAAGCACAAGAUUUGUGCAGUUUCACAGCGCAAAAUGCUCCUACUACCAGUAUGUGUCUCCAUACUUAUGGGGCUGCUUGCAGGCUUCCUGCCUUCCGUGGGGAUGGAGCCAUUGCCAGAGAGCAGAUUUGGUUCUGAUCACACCCAAAGCUUGGAGUCGCCCAAUUCUAACUACUCCCAGCUCACUCUCAAACUCGAGUUCGCAUCUAAGGUGGUGGAACAUGAGUAUAUUGUGGCAUUCACUGGGUAUUUCUCGGCCAAAGCUCGCAGCCUGUAUAUAAGCAGUGCCCUAAGGAACACAAACGAUGGAGCAUUGGAGUGGCACAUUGUUCCCAGGGAAAACCCAGCUUCUGACUUCCCCAGUGACUUUGAGCUGGUCCACAUCCGACAAGCUUCAACCAGCAGUCUGCUGACCUUAGAGGACCACCCCUACAUUAAGAGAGUCACUCCACAACGCAAAGUGUUCCGGUCACUCAAAUACAUUCCUUCACCUGAAACCCCUGCACCAUGUAACAGCACCCACAGGAUGCAGAAAUGGCAGUCAUCCCGGCCUUUUAGAAGAACCAGUCUGUCACUAUGCUCGACUUUUUGGCAUGCAACCGGGCGACACUCAAGCCGGCGGCUGCUGCGAGCCAUCCCUCGUCAUGUUGCCCAGAUUUUGCAGGCAGACGUACUCUGGCAGAUGGGACACACUGGUUCUGGUGUGAAGGUGGCUGUGUUUGAUACAGGCCUGAGUGAGAAACACCCACAUUUCAAAAAUGUGAAGGAAAGGACGAACUGGACCAAUGAGAAGACACUGGAUGAUGGCCUGGGUCAUGGCACAUUUGUAGCUGGAGUGAUAGCCAGUAUGCGAGAGUGUCAGGGUUUUGCCCCGGACUCAGAGCUGCACAUCUUCAGAGUGUUCACCAACAACCAGGUGUCUUACACCUCCUGGUUCCUGGAUGCCUUCAACUAUGCCAUCUUGAAAAAGAUCGAUGUUCUCAACCUCAGCAUUGGUGGCCCCGACUUCAUGGAUCACCCCUUUGUUGAUAAGGUGUGGGAGCUCACUGCUAACAAAGUGAUCAUGGUGUCUGCUAUUGGAAAUGAUGGACCUCUGUAUGGCACUCUAAACAACCCAGCAGACCAAAUGGAUGUAAUUGGAGUCGGAGGGAUCGACUUUGAGGACAACAUCGCAAGGUUUUCGUCCAGAGGCAUGACUACCUGGGAGCUGCCAGGGGGCUAUGGCAGGGUGAAGCCAGACAUUGUCACUUAUGGUUCUGGUGUUCGGGGAUCAGGGAUGAAGGAAGGAUGCCGGUCUCUCUCUGGCACCAGUGUGGCCUCUCCUGUGGUGGCUGGAGCUGUCACACUUUUGGCCAGCACUGUGCUAAAUCGGGAGUUAGUGAAUCCAGCCUCCAUGAAACAGGCUCUGAUUGCCUCAGCCCGCAGGCUGCCAGGGGUCAACAUGUUUGAGCAGGGCCAUGGGAAACUGGACCUGAUCAGAGCUUACCAGAUCCUCAACAGCUACAGACCUCAGGCCAGCCUUUCUCCUAGCUACAUCGACCUGACAGAGUGUCCAUACAUGUGGCCUUACUGUUCUCAGCCCAUCUACUAUGGAGGAAUGCCCACCAUUGUUAAUGUCACUAUUCUCAAUGGCAUGGCAGUCACCGGCAGGAUUGUGGACAAGCCUAUUUGGCAGCCCUACCUUCCUCAGAAUGGAGACCAUAUUGAUGUGGCCAUGUCAUACUCCCCAGUGUUAUGGCCAUGGGCUGGCUAUCUGGCUGUGUCUAUCUCCGUUGCCAAGAAAGCAGCUUCAUGGGAAGGGAUCGCCCAAGGUCAUGUGAUGGUGACAGUGGCAUCACCAGCAGAGAACGACUCUGAAGUAGAAGGGGAACUGACCUCCACAGUGAAACUGCCCAUCAAGGUAAAGAUUGUCCCAACACCUCCACGGAGUAAAAGGGUUCUGUGGGACCAGUACCACAACCUGCGUUACCCACCGGGCUACUUUCCCAGAGAUAAUCUUCGCAUGAAGAACGAUCCACUUGACUGGAAUGGUGACCACAUUCACACAAACUUCAGAGACAUGUACCAGCACCUAAGAAGCAUGGGAUACUUUGUUGAAGUGCUAGGAGCACCAAUCACCUGUUUUGACGCCAGCCAGUAUGGUACAUUGCUGAUGGUGGACAGUGAGGAAGAGUAUUUUCCUGAAGAGAUCACCAAGCUGAGAAGGGACAUUGACAAUGGGCUUUCACUCAUCAUCUUCAGUGACUGGUACAACACGUCUGUCAUGAGGAAGGUCAAAUUCUAUGAUGAAAACACCAGGCAAUGGUGGAUGCCAGACACAGGGGGUGCUAACGUCCCUGCACUGAAUGACCUGAUCUCAGUGUGGGGGAUGGCAUUCAGUGAUGGACUAUAUGAGGGCGACUUCACUCUAGCAGAUCAUGACAUGUACUAUGCCUCAGGCUGCAGCAUAGCCCGUUUCCCUGAAGACGGAAUAGUGAUCGCCAAGAACCUAAAGGACCAAGGUCUGGAGGUGUUAAAACAGGAAACCGCAGUGGUAGAAAGGGUUCCCAUUCUUGGACUGUAUCAGACACCAUCUGAUGGGGGAGGUCGUAUUGCUCUGUACGGUGACUCUAAUUGUAUAGAUGACAGCCACAGACAGAAAGAUUGUUUUUGGCUGUUAGAUUCUCUGCUUCAGUACACAUCUUACAGUAUGACGCCUCCCAGCCUGAGCCACUCUCACAGUAGGGUGGCAUCUCCUACAGCCAGCGAGCGCCCACUGCCACAGAGAUUGGAAGGUAAUCAUCUUUACCGCUAUUCAAAAGUUUUGGAGGCUCACCUUGGAGAUCCAAAGCCCCGCCCGUUACCAGCCUGUCCACAUCUUUCCUGGGCUAAGCCGCAGCCUGUCAACGAGACAGCGCCCAGUAACCUGUGGAAGCACCAAAAGCUUCUGUCUGUGGAUCUGGACAAGGUGGCUCUGCCUAACGUGAGGUCUUACCGUCCCCAGGUCCGACCUCUAUCCCCUGGGGAGAGUGGGGCCUGGGACAUCCCUGGAGGAAUAAUGCCUGGUCGCUAUAACCAGGAAGUGGGCCAAACCAUUCCUGUUUUUGCCUUCUUGGGGGCAAUGGUCGUCCUGUCCUUUUUUGUGGUCCAGCUCACAAAGGCCAAGAGCAAACCCAAACGCAGGAAACCCCGCAUCAAACGCCCCACAUACUUGCAGCAGCAGCAGACAACAAAUGGGAAAAACCCCACAGUUUGACCAAAAGCGAGUGUGAAAAUAUGGCUGGACAACUGGGUUUGACUCCAUAAUGGGUGCAUUGUGGAAGGUCCAGUAACCACGAACGUGUGAAACACAACAAACGUCUAAUAGCGCAUUGAGGAAGACUUCAGUUGGCAGUUGGACCCUCUCCUGUAACUCCCAAGUGUCUCCAAUGCUUAAACGUUUUUCGUGCCAAUUGUCGAUUCAAGGCUGUGAGCGCUUGUGUGUGCUAUGAACUGUUACACACGAUGUGCAACACACACAUACAGCUGGGUUCUGCGUUCCAUGUUUUAAACGUAGAGCUUUCUUUGACCAAACUGAAAUGUCUGACCUUUUAUAUUUAUUGAAUUUAGUUGUACCCUAACACACAGACGCACACACUUUACAUCCAAAAUGUUGGCACACCCCGAAACAGAAACAACUUACACAUACAGUUGCACUCGAAAUUAUUCAACUGUGUAUAUUAUUUAUUUUCAAAGUUUCUAAACUUUCGGUAGAUUACAAUAAACCAACAAAAACAAAUAACUCAAGACAUGGUCACAUUAAACAUUUGAGUGCAACUGUCCGUACUAAUAGACUACCGUAUUCCCAUCUCACAACCGUUGGAUGAUCAUGUUAUAUACCUGUUUUGAAUCUGUUCUUAAACUUUGUAAAAUAAUGAACUCUGGUUAUAUGCUGUUAUUCUCUUUAUCUCACUUAUGAUUUCAUAAAAAAAAAAAAAGCAGCAGUGACAGACUUCCAAAUAUACUCCAACAAUAAAUGAAAAUAAAAAGACAUAAUGUAACGGAUACUCUCUGUACCCUACUCCUAGAUUACUUUGCUGGCAUGCUGUUGUCUGACAGCAAAAGCACAAAAUUGUGUGUUUGUUGCGUUUGUCAAUUAUUCAAUUAAUUGCUUCAUAUUUGUGUAGAAAAGGUGCGGAUGUACUCAAGCAUCAUUAAAUUGGUGUGAGCACAUUCUCCAAGGGAUGAGAAAACUGGAGCGUGCCUAACCCACAACUAAUCACUCUAACAAUCUCCUAAUGGCAUUUUUUGCCCAAGAAAAUAGCCGUUCCACUCUUUCAACGGGCCAUUACUUUGAUGUAGCUCUUAGUAGUACCACCAGGUGGUGCAAAACAGCAAGGCCCCCUAGUGCCCAUAAAAUUGUGGUACUCUUGCUUAUCUCUGCUAAUGUUCUUGAAUGUCACUUAAUCGCCAAACCCCUCCCAGCAAUAUGGUGAAUGUGGCAUUAGUUAAAAAAAUUAAAAAAUGCUGUCAGUUGAAUCGCCUUAUAAAUCUUGUCUAAUGCAAAAUUGGAUCCAUUUAUUACAAAGAACUAAAUAAAAAAAGUCUAAUUAGUGACAGUGACAUGCAAUGAGGUUCAUGGCUGGUGAGGCACUGACUCCUUUGAGAGUUUUUUUUUUGUUAAUGAAAUAUUUCUUACUCCCAUUUAUUUGUAGUCACUGAAAAACAUUUGUGUUCUUACCUUUGUCUGUAUAUGAAGUACCUUCACGCAGUCCUCCAGGAAAAGCUCGGAUUCUUUGUUGUAAAAGCCUGUCACCUCCUGGUGAACUUUGGUAUGUAAUCAUCCAUCUUGGCAAUCAAAUUUAUUCAGCAGAGCAUAAAAAUGUCUUGCAUUUGACUUGCUGCUCCAGCUCUUAAAAAAAAAUAAAAAAUCAGUAUUUUCCUCUCUCUGGAAGGAUGGUAGCGACAAGCACCUUCCAGCUCAUGCACACACCCACCCCUCAGCAUGAAGAGAGUACUGCAAGAGCAUAACAAGAAUAGUGUUAAUAAAUGACCAAAAGGCAUGUAGCUUCUGGAUUGUUGAGAAACAAUAAUGGCGUUCCUUGCUGUUAUGGUCCUGUUAAUGGUUUAUUUGUUUCAGAUAUGCUUAACAACUUACAUUAAAUAACAUCUUAUAAUUUACCUUUGAACAAUUCAACAUAUCUGAAAAUAAGUAGGCAGAAUCAUAGCUUAUUAAGUCUUCUCGAUAUCUAUUAUUGAUUAGUUCACACGUUGAAUAUGCAGACACAAUAAUUCAUGUGUUUACCUGUUGUCAUUGCAGAUUUAAUCCACUUCAAUUUUGUAAUUGCUGGGUUGCACGUGACGUCACAUCCUUGUGCCGUCGUCAUGGGCUCAUACGAGCAUAUUCGUAGCUAAAAGUCAUGUAAAAUCAGAGCGGAAAUGCCGCCGACGUGCGCUGUUGUUACUAAGAAGGUCCGUAAAAAAAAAAAAAAGUUCAAAGAGCAAAGAACGCAUAAAAAGGUGGCUGCUGAAAUACUCUCGUAUGAGUAUAAACACGCCCAAGUUUGUAGUAACCAACAAGUAACAUUUUUACUAGAACCAAAGAAUUGCCUCACAACAUAAAAUUUUAUAUUCGUCAUUUUGUCAUCGCUUCAUCUAAAUGCUCCCGCUGUGCAAGCGCCCAAUUCAUUAAACAUGAUAAAUAUCAGAGGUGUGGAUUCGAGUCAUGCGACACCAUUUUUGAUGACUUUCGACUCUACUUGAUAAUAUUACCAAAGACUUGCAACUCGACUUGACGUCAAAGACUUGGGACUUGACUCAGACUUUAGUCAGAUGACUUGAAAAUACUUGAGAUUUUCAGUGACUGGUGAGUAAAAUGUGUCCCCAUUCAAUGUAUUCAAUUAACAUGAUCGUUAUGUCAUUUCCAGUAAGACGACAUAUUUUCUCUUUGAAUCGGCCUCACUGAAUGCGUCUCUCAGGUUUAUAAUCAGAUUUAGGUACCAACAGCGAAUGGGUCGGUUACAUUUCUGUGCGCUGACUAAAUCCUGAAUGCUAUAUCAGCACUCUUUGGCUGAGUCUUGUAACACGGGUCUUAUUUUAUUAAAAAAAUAAAAUUCAAAUUGCAUUCAUUGUACAUUGUUAAAAUGGCAUUUUAUUUGGGAGACAUGAAACAGUGCUUAUGAGUAGU